AUCACUCGCCACUCAAUGCAGCUCUUGUAUGCGUGUGUUUGUCAGUUUGCAAAGAGCUCGCUGCAGUGUCAACUUACCGUGGAAGACACUGUUGCAAUUACUUUCGACGGCGUCUUCACGCUGCAAUUUCUCCUGCUAAUCCCACAAAAAAGUUGCAUAAAAAAUGCCAGCCGACACCAUAGAGAAAUCCUCUAUUUCUCCCAAUGUCGGGGCUUCUGCAACUUCUCCGCAAACUCCGGAUAAACCCAAAAGCGCAAGUGAUAAUAGAAAGUCUUCCAAACCCAUCAUGGAAAAGCGGCGCAGAGCACGAAUUAACGAAAGCCUGACUCAGCUGAAAACUUUGAUCCUGGAUGCACUGAAGAAAGAUAGUUCCAGACACUCGAAGCUGGAGAAAGCGGACAUCCUUGAAAUGACAGUGAAACACCUGCGAAAUCUACAACGUGUACAGAUGACUGCAGCCUUGACUGCAGACCCGACUGUCCUGGGCAAAUAUAGAGCUGGAUUUAAUGAGUGCAUGAACGAGGUGACUCGUUUCCUCUCGACGUGCGAAGGGGUGAACGCCGAUGUCCGGAGCCGGCUGCUGAGCCAUUUGUCGAGUUGUUUGGGACACAUGGUGGCAAUGAACUACCCGCAAGCCCCCUCCAACCCCGCAUCCUUGCCCGGGGGUCACCUCGCCCAGCCUCUGCACGUCCAACUUCCAGCCACCGUGCCAGUCAGCGGCGGUGUGGGCAUGCCUUGCAAACUAAGCCCAGCCGAGGCGGUCUCGCCCAAGGUCUACGGGGGCUUCCAGCUGUUACCCGCUGCGGAUGGACACUUCGCCUUCCUCAUCCCCAACCCUUCCUUUGCAACUUCCAGCGGGCAGAUUGGAAGCGGCUCUGUCAUCCCCCUCUACGCCAAUGCAAACCUCCCGGGCAAUGCAAACUCGGCGGGGCUACCUUCCAACUCCAGACUAGCGGGAUCCCCGGUGCAAGGAAUGACCUCUCUACCGUUCGGACCCAACGGCAUGAACGCAGUGUCUCAGAACCACACGCCUUUGGGAGUGAGCACAGGUCCCGAAAGCUCAGAGUCCGUCUGGAGACCUUGGUGAAACACAAAAACACCAUAAACUGACUGACCCGUUAAACCUGUUCCAUUGUUGGGGACAUUUGUACUUAUCAUGAUAAGAGAUAUUUAUUUUUUCUGUACAUAGAAUACCCAGUUGAUCUCCGUAUAACUUGCGAUUUUUAAAGAAAUAUUUUACUGUGGAGGAGACUUGUACAUUGAUUUUUGUUUGUGUGUGUGUGUGUGUGUAACCUGUUUCAAUAAUGGGUGCGAUAUACCAAAGUCUUUUUGUAAAUUCGCCUCUGACACAGCAGGAAAUAAAACAUUCAUAUAAAAAAAA